UAGAUGAGAUAUACAUGUCAUCUCUUGAUGGACUGGACUAAGAAGGUGUACAGGCUUGUGCCAAACUGGAAGCGUGAAUCAGAAGUAAAAAAUCUAGGUUACAAGGUUCAUGGCAAUCCUUUCUCCACCAGCACAAGGCGUGUUCUCGCUGUUCUCCUUGAGAAAGGGCUCUCUUACGAGUCCAUUACUGUCGAUUUAAAAUCCGGUGAACACAAGACGGAGUCUUUCCUCUCUCUCAACCCUUUUGGUCAAAUCCCAGUUUUUGUAGAUGGAAACAUUAAGCUGCAUGAGUCUCGAGCCAUAACACAAUACAUCGCAUAUGUUCAUAGCACAAGAGGCACACAACUUUUGUAUCUUCAAAGCCACGAGACAAUGGCAAUACUAACAGUGUGGAUGGAAAUCGAAGCUCACCAGUUCGAUCCAUUUGCAUCAAAACUCACUUGGGAGCAAGCCAUUAAGCCUAUCUACGGUCUAGAGACUGACCAAGUGGUCGUCAAAGAAAACGAGGCUAAUCUAGAGAAGGUUCUAGAUAUCUACGAGAAACGACUCGGAAAAUAUAGAUUCUUGGCUUGUAAUACCUUUACUUUGGCUGAUCUUCAUCAUUUGCCAAAUAUUCAAUACCUUUUGGGAACUCCAACAAAGAGAUUGUUCGAAGAUCGACCUAAAGUGCUUAAGUGGGUGGGCGAGAUUACGGGUAGAGAGGCUUGGAAGAUGGCUUGUGAUCAUGAAAAGUAUUGGUUUGGUAAGCAAACGAAAUAAAUGAAAACUGUGUGAGAAUGUAAUUGUGUGUUGUAUAGUUUGGCCUUUGUUUGUAAGAUUGUGUUGUUUGUUGUGUGGUGAAUCUUAUAAGAUUCAUUGUGUGUAUGUAUGUUGUGAUGUAUGUGUGAAUAAAGGGAAUAAUAAUAACAGUAAUUUAAACUAUUUAG